AUGCGCGGCGAUCGCCGGUGCGCUGUGUCCCUCGGACACAGCGGAUCACGGAAAGAGCCGAAGAUGUCGGCUCGGUCAUGUGAUCAGCUGUGUCCAAUCACAGCUGAUCACAUGGCACUGAUGAUCAGUGUGCCCUGAUGAUCAGUGUGGCCCCAGAAGUGCCACCUGUCAGUGCUCAUCAGUGCCACGUGCCAGUGCCCAUCAGUGCCACGUCAAUGCCACAUAUCAGUACCUACCAGUGCACAUCAAUGCCACAUAUCAGUGCCCAUCUGAGCUGCCUUUCAAUGUCACCCAUCAGUGCCAGUCAGUGCCACCUAUCAAUGCCAAUCAGUGCCACAUAUCAGUGCUGCCAAUCAGUGCCACCUAUCAGUGCCAGUCAGUGUCGCAUAUCAGUGCGCAUCAGU